GAAGGAAGAGGAAGCACCGACGCUUACUGCGUUGCGAAAUACGGCCAGAAAUGGGUGAGAACGAGGACAAUUCUCGAUAGCUUUAGCCCAAAGUGGAAUGAGCAAUACACCUGGGAAGUCUAUGAUCCUUGCACCGUGAUCACUCUGGGCGUGUUCGACAACUUCAAUUUAGGCAGCAGCGGCGGCGGAGGCGGUGGAGGAGGUAGAGAUGCGCGGAUGGGGAAGGUGAGGAUACGCCUGUCCACGCUGGAAGCGCAGCGCGUGUACACGCACGCGUAUCCGCUGCUGAUGCUUCACCCCUCGGGGGUAAAGAAGAUGGGAGAGAUCUCAAUUGCGGUGAGAUUCACACCGAUCUCACUCGCCAACACAAUCUACAUCUACGGCCAACCGCUUCUCCCCAAAAUGCACUACCUCCACCCUUUCACCGUCAAUCAGGUGGAGAGUUUACGGUACCAGGCGAUGAACAUCGUGGCGGCGCGGCUGGCCCGCGCCGAGCCGCCGCUGCGGAAGGAGGUGGUGGAGUACAUGCUGGAUGUGGACUCGCACAUGUGGAGCAUGCGGCGGAGCAAGGCGAAUUUCUUCCGGAUCAUGGCGAUUUUGUCAGGAUUGACGUCGAUGAAGCGAUGGUUCGAGGAGGUUUGCGAUUGGAAGAAUCCGGUGACGUCGAUUCUGGUGCACGUGCUGUUCCUGAUACUGAUUUGGUACCCGGAGUUGAUGCUGCCGACGCUGUUUCUGUACGCGUUCGUGAUCGGGGUGUGGAACUACAGGCUGCGGGAGAGGCACCCGGCGCACAUGGACGCGAGGCUGUCGUGGGCGGAGGCGGUGCAGCCGGAUGAGCUGGAUGAGGAGUUUGACACGUUCCCGACGUCGAGGCAGGGGGAGGUGGUGCGGAUGAGGUACGACAGGCUGAGGAGCGUGGCGGGGAGGAUACAGACGGUGGUGGGGGAUGUGGCGACGCAGGGGGAGAGGCUGCAUUCGGUGCUGAGGUGGAGGGAUCCGAGGGCGACGAGCUUGUUUCUGGUGUUCUGCCUGUGUGCGGCGGUGGUGCUUUACGUGACGCCGGUGAGGGUGGUGGUGCUGGCGGGGGGAUUGUAUGUGAUGAGGCAUCCCAGGUUUAGGAGCAAGCUGCCUUCUGUUCCGAGUAACUUUUUUAGGAGGUUGACUGCCAGGACUGACUCUAUGCUUUGAGAUUCAAUUUGUUAGUGUUGUGUUUUUUUUUUUCCAUUUGUGUUGUAUAGAAAUAAGGAGAAUCUUAAGUUGUUGCUUGCCAUUUUGUUUUCGUUUUUCGUUUAGAUGAAUCACUUUUAGAU